UUCGUGUUUGUGUUACAGUUUUCCAGGUGGACAAGUGACGAGGUCACUAGGCCUCGUUUAGCAACAAGCAAGAUUUUCACGGACGGGAAUAAGCUCGGCUCCGCAACGGCGGGAAGAGGAAUGUUUUGUUAUCAUUGUCCACCGUCGCUGCAUCCUGCCGGACCACAUCCCCCUCGGUUACCAACCCUGGAGUAUCCUUUUGCGCCAACACAUCCUUACACCAGCUACUCGUACCAUCCGGCCAUCCAUGAUGAAAGUUUCGUUAGGCGGAAGCAACGGCGCAAUCGGACCACUUUCACACUCCAGCAGCUAGAAGAGCUAGAAACAGCCUUUGCACAGACUCACUAUCCAGAUGUGUUCACGAGAGAGGAUCUUGCGAUGAAGAUCAAUCUUACCGAGGCAAGGGUACAGGUCUGGUUCCAGAACCGGCGGGCCAAAUGGCGCAAAGCGGAGCGGCUGAAGGAGGAACAGCGCAAACGGGGCGGCAGCGGUGGUACCGAUGGGACCGACUCACAGCUGAUGGGCGACAAGCUCGAUACGGACAGUCGGGACUCGAGUCCUGACAUAACUGGCGAUGCGGAUGAUGAUGAUAUGCGAAGCUCCAGUGUGCCCCCGAUGAGUCCUCGGGUGGAUUCGGAACCGGAGCGACCCGGUUCAUCGACGCAGCUCAACUCGGCCCAUUCACUGUCCCAAUCCGCUUCCAACAGUGCCGGAACGCCGUCGCCAGGUUUGAAAUUCGCUCAAUACUCCGUGCCAAGCCCGGCCCCAUCCGCCUCAGCUGACUCACCGAUCGAGGUCGGUGGUCCAAUCUCGCUCACGACCACUUCCCGCACCCCACCGAAUGAUUCGCCUAAUCAGAAUGCCAGCUCCAUUGGUGGCCUUUCGUCAGUCACUACAACUCCCAGCUUCAGCAGUCACAUCUUCGGAAGCUUCGCUGAAAGCAAUGGCGGAUUCCGACCGGUGCUGGAUAAUGGACAGCCGAGGACUACGCCACCGUUGUUCUUGCCGCCCCAUCUUGCUUCGCUUAGCUCCCAGUUUAAUCCACCUCUGUUCCCCAGCUUGAAAGCUGCCUUUCCUGGACUGUGUUCUUGCUGCCCAGUUAAAGCACCCACCACGACCGGUUCGUCCUCCUCACCGACGUGCAGCUCUUCUUCCCCACCAUCCAGUCUGGCCGGUUCCGUCGUUGGUUCAUCCGCUUCCGGCCUUUCAUCGAUCACCAACACGGUUGUCAACAGUGGACUGCCCGAUCCCCGGUCGUCCUCCGUCGCUGAGCUACGGCGCAAGGCACAGGAACAUUCGGCCGCACUGCUACACUCGUUGCAGGCGGCCGCCGCCGCCGGGCUUGCCUUUCCUGGGUUCCAUUUGCCACCGCUUACGCUACAUUCGGCGCUUAGCAGUGCCGGACGCAAGCCAUCCGAUUUCAUCAACGAUCUUUCCAUGCACCAUCACCACCAUCAUCAUCAUUUGGCGGCGGCAGCGGCAGCGUCGGCUGGUGCGCAUCAUCUGGCCGGUGCUGGACAUCUGGCAGGCAUGCAUCACAUUCCAAACAAUAAUAAUAAUAACAAUAGUACCAGUACUAAUAACAAUAAUAACUCCACUGGAAGCAACAGUGGAAGCCCAUCGGAGAACAGAACCAUCGUGUCGCACGCAGACUCACCCCGAUCACCGCGAUCGCAUGCGGGCUCUAGUAACGAAAAGCCAGACUCUAACGAAUAG